AUGACUAGAAACGCAGUUCUGUUUUGGAGACCCACGCCCGCUGCGCCGGAUCCUACCCCGGAACCGGAGGCACAAGAGGAAGAGGGCGGUGUGAGGCUUGAUCAAAAUGAGGAUGAAGAAGGAGAAGAAGAGGGUGGUAUAAGGCUUGCUGAAGAGGGCGGCCAAGCGGCCGACCCUAGGAUUGACCCCUCUGUUAGGGGUGAAAUUAACGUCGGUGAACUCCCCGAGGAGUUCCGCGCACGACUUGACGAGCUCAACCGUCGCAUCGUUCAAAUGUUGGAACAAACGGAGCUUACCCGUUUGGAAAGGAUGAGGGCCUUGAUUGCGAGGGCCGCUGCUCGAGAAGGGGGAGAGUAG